AGCAGCAGCCCACAACGAUAACAAGGGCUGCGCUCGCUUUGUGCUGACAGCGUCAGAGCCCAGCCAGCACAGGACCUGGCAGCAGCUGCAGGUGGGAUCUGCUCUCCAGCUUGUUUCAGCUCCACACCCCGAUGGGUAGCCUUAGGUUCAGAGCAAUGGGCAUCCUCCAUGUGGCCUUCCAGCCUCUCCAGAAGCCUGUUGUGAAGAGCUCCAAGGGAGGCUACAAGAAGAAGUGAGGCGCUGACCUGAGGAAGGAGACAGAUCUGUGUCUGGAUCCUGUGACACACUGCACGUUGCGUAUGUGUUCCUCUUGGCUAUGAGUUGGGGAGAAGUCUGGGACAGAGAAGCUUUAUGCCUGUGCACAUUAAACAUGGGUGUCCCACUCCCAAGUGUGUAGGCAGGAGGGUAGGAGGGGGGUGCUGAAGGGUCUCCAGUCACCAGCAGCAUAGCCAGACACUGGGUGAGGUCUUUCCAAGGUGCUCUGAAAACUCGUGGAGGCUGUACCAAAUCCACAAGUGGCUGUAGGGUGGGAACACAAGCAGCACGGUGCAUGAAGGUUGGCCUGGGACACCCAGGACAUUGGGAUGACACACUAUUGGGUAAGGGACAAUGGAGAGGGGAUAGCAGGACCAACGUUGCGAACUUCUUGAGAGAAGCUGGUAAAUGAUUCAUAGGAGAUAAUACUUGUCGAAGACAAGAAAGAGGUUAAUUGCAGAGGCUCAAGUCGGACACAGCAUGAAGCCAAGGUCUCCGCGCUCCUUGCCCCAUGUUUGUGCUCCUGUGCAGCCCCAGAUGGCCAGGGCUGUGGUGCCGGUGAUGCUCCUUGCUGACGACACUCCCCUGUUUUUCAGUGUGAAGCAGAUGCUCGCAGGAGGGCUCUGGGGACAGCCCACGAUUCGGAGAGAGGAGCGGGUCGGCAGAUUUACCAAGCUACCAGCAAGAGGAGCGGGGAGGACAGCGACUGCAGCAGGAAUCCUCACAGCAGCCCCCACCAUGGUAUCAAGAGAGCAUGUGGGCACUGCGAUGGGUCUGCUGCAGCUGAGGUGCACAGGGCACCUGCUCUGUGCCCUGACCCUCCUCGAGGCUGCCGGGGCCUUGGCCUUGAUGCUCUACGCACUGCUGUGGGAAGCUGGGAACCUGGUCGACCUCCCUUACAAACGCAUCGGCUUUUACAACUUCUGCCUGUGGAACAAGACAGCUGGGGAGCUGCAGUGCCUGGAGCACAACGAUCUGCAGGUGAUGGGCAUCAGCAUGCUGGGAGUAGUACUUGCCAGGGUUUGUGUCUACACCUGCCUGGUCUUCUGCAUCUUCUACCCCAUUUUUGUUGCAAAUGUGAAGUGCACAGAGGAGGCAAAGGGCUGGAAGGUGAUCCUCAUCAUACUCAUCAUCAAGAUGAUAAUCCUGUCUGGAGGCCUGGGUAUGUUUCUCCUCCAAACCUCACAGUGGAUUCAACCCUCUGAUUUCACUGGGGGCUUUCUGGCACUGGUUGCGACUCAGGCUCUGCUACUGCUCCAGAUUUUCACUGUCACUAUGUACCUCAGCUGGGUCAAGAACACACAUCCGUGUUGAAGCCUUUUUAUUGCCCAUUAAGAUUUGAAAGCAAAGAAGAUGCAAAAGCUCUUGAUAACCUGAUUAAAACAGUAAACAUACUACAGCUUUAAUCACUGGCAGAAAAACUAAUCCUUAGUCCAAGUGCUCUAGUCCAGCCUGACCUGGAGGACAGUGAAAGGGACAGACUGGAACCUGCAGAUGGUGCACACAUCCUUCUGGCCAUAUCUAAGUACAUCCUUCUGAGUACAGGCAGACAGUGAAUCAAGCAGGCUUAUUUUAUUGGAGCUGCCCAAAGAGACUCCGUUCUCCACCUCCUGGAUGAACUGAGCAUGUCUUUGAGGCAAUCAUGACUCAGGAGCUGUGGCUUCACACUGCUGUCACAGCAGCGGCCUCCCCAGAGGUGCACUGGAAAUACUUUGUUCAGCAGGAGCACCUGCAUUCCAUCUGCUGGAAUAAUGUCUGGAGUGAUGCUGCCGUAGCUCGCUAGGGUGAAGUGUCCCACAUCCAACCCCAGCAGUAGCAGAGCACCUGGAGGAGGAGAUUAACCACUUGUUGAGUGCUGAACACAGCCCUAACGAGGACGGCUUCCCGAAGACUCUUCCUGGUGCAGAGCCCCAGGUUUGUACCCAUUGAUAUUACAGGGCUGAGUCCAUCAAUCCAUCAGCCAUUGAGACUCCAGGAGAGGCUGGUGCUGCAUGAGGGCAGCUGUCAGCAGAGCCAGCUCAGCUCUUGGUCCAACACAUGCCCUACACAAGUGGCAAGAAGCAGGACCAAGGCUGCCCGCAACUAGGGUGCAGUGCCCCGGCAUGGCCACCACAUCCAGCAUGCUGGACUGUGGCUCUCCACUGUGACGGUGCACGGCCCUGCUCUGUGCUGUGUCUGUAACCUCCCAAAGGAAGCACCUGCUUCCCAUUGUUCCCUGUACGGACACGAGGGGAUGCCUCUUCUGCUGGAGGGUCUGGGGGGGCAUGUAGCUGGAGAUGCUGGUUUGAGUGAUCGUCAAUAAAAAAGCUCUAACACC